AUGAAGUCCGCCAAUGAUUCCCCCGGUAACACACCUCCAACCACCCGAAUCGCCUCUUCCUCCCUCCAUCUCUCCUGGGAACCCCCAUCUCUACCCUCUCUUCCUCUCUCUCCAUUCCUCACUACCUUGCUCUCUUCCCCAUGUCCAUCCGCGGUUAUCAUGCACCCCUCUCAGGAGAGAGGGGUAAGGACCGAGGUCCCUCCCUUAAAACCUAUUCUCCUGUCCCUCUCCGGCUUCCCCCCUCCCUCCUUCCUGCUUCCCCCCUCCCUCCUUCCUGCUUCCCCCCUCCCUCCUUCCUGCUUCCCCCCUCCCUCCUUCCUGCUUCCCCCCUCCCUCCUUCCUGCUUCCCCCCUCCCUCCUUCCUGCUUCCCCCCUCCCUCCUUCCUGCUUCCCCCCUCCCUCCUUCCUGCUUCCCCCCUCCCUCCUUCCUGCUUCCCCCCUCCCUCCUUCCUGCUUCCCCCCUCCCUCCUCCCUGCUUCCCCCCUCCCUCCUCCCUGCUUCCCCCCUCCCUCCGCUCUGCUUCCCCCCUCCCUCCUCCUCCCUGCUUCCCCUUCCCCCCUCCCUCCUCCCUGCUUCCGCCCUCCCUCCGCCCUGCUUCCCCCCUCCAUCCCCCCUUACUUCCCCCCUCCCUCCGCUCUGCUUCCCCCCUCCCUCCGCCCUGCUUCCCCCCUCCCUCCCCCCUACAUCCCCCCUCCCUCCGCCCUGCUUCCCCCCUCCCUCCUCCCUGCUUCCGCCAUCCCUCCGCCCUGCUUCCCCCCUCCCUCUUCCCUGCUUCCGCCAUCCCUCCGCCCUGCUUCCCCCCUCCUUCCUCCCUGCUUCCCCCCUCCCUAUGCCCUGCUUCCCCGCUCCUUAUGCCCUGCUUCCCCCCUCCUUCCUCCCUGCUUCCCCCCUCCCUAUGCCCUGCUUCCCCCCUCCCUAUGCCCUGCUUCCCCCCACCAUCAGAGAGGUGAGCGCCACACGCCAGGUGAGCCUUCACCUUCUUCAUAUGCCCCUCUUCUCCCUCUAUCUCACCUCUUUCCUGUCCCUCUCAUGAACCCCUCAUCUCUCGUGCAUGCCCUGCUUCCCCCCUCCCUCCGCCAUGCUUCCCCACUCCCUCCGCCCUGCUUCCCCCCUCCCUCCGCCCUGCUCCCCCCCUCCCUAUGCCCUGCUUCCCCCCUCCCUCCGCCAUGCUUCCCCACUCCCUCCGCCCUGCUUACUCCUCCCUCCGCCCUGCUCCCCCCCUCCCUAUGCCCUGCUUCCCCCCUCCCUCCGCCAUGCUUCCCCACUCCCUCCGCCCUGCUUCCCCCCUCCCUCUGCCCUGCUUCCCCCCUCCCUAUGCCCUGCUUCCCCCCUCCCUCCGCCCUGCUUCCCCCCUCCCUAUGCCAUGCUUGCCCCCUCCCUAUGCCCUGCUUCCCCACCCCCUCCGCCCUGCUUCUCCCCUCCCUAUGCCCUGCUUCCCCGCUCCCUAUGCCCUGCUUCCCCGCUCCCUAUGCCCUGCUUCCCCCCUCCCUCUGCCCUGCUUCCCCCCUCCCUCCGCCCUGCUUCCCCCCUCCCUAUGUCCUUCUUCCCCCCUCCCUCUGCCCUGCUUCCCCCCUCCCUCUGCCCUGCUUCCCCCCUCCGAGAUGCGCACCUUGGCGCGCUACACGGGUGGGCAGGUGCACCAUGGCGCGCUACACAGGUGGGCAGGUGGGCAGUAAAGAGGGGGUUAGCGAUUGGGACCAGCCGAGGAGCCAGAUUGUGAGGAACUUGAUGCAGGGGACAGCAUGGAAAUCCGUGACUGGAACGUUGCACACACGGCGCAGAAAAGACGGGCGUGUGCGGUAUGGGGAUUUGAAAAAGGGGGUGUUGGGGGCAGGGAUUGAUGGGCCGUUAGGUGAUAUUUUCCCACAAGCCAGGUCUAUCCUCUCCCUGCUCAUGUGCCCCUCCCCGACCCUGCUUUGCUUCUUCUUUGCCUCUUCCCCCAUCCUGCUCCUGCUCCCCCCUUCCCACAUCCUCCCUGCCAGGAGGACGACCUAG